AGACACACUUGUGACUCUGAGAAAGAAACGUCCUUCAGGCUACAUCUGCAGAACUUUAGCAGUUGCGUUGUUGACUUUUGCAUAUUUUUCUUCAGUCUGUUUUUGACUUAAAGUUGAAUAAGAACGUUUUAAAUUAGUAGGCUAAUUAAAAAAGUAAGCAUGGCCCUGUCGAGCCUGUGUCAAACAGGUUUUACGGUGCUCCGCCAGAUAGGGCCCGUUGUCGUGCUAGAGCAGCUGGGCAGCACUCUCUUCGACACCGCCCUGCAGAUGGUGGUCAAAGACCGGAGUGUAAACGCCACCUAUCCGGAUGCCCACCUGUCCCGGGAAGAAAGCCAGCAGAAAGCCAUGACGGACUUCUACAUGGUCUACAACCUCAUCAUCCGUCUGGUGCCAAUCCUCCCUUCGCUGCUCCUGGCCAGGUUAGGCGACCGUGGCUGGAGGAAAGCCCCCAUCGUGGUGCCCCUGAGCGGGUACGUGCUGUCCAGGCUCGCCCUGCUCCUGGUGGUCGUCUUCCGGCUCCCGUUGAAGGUGAUGUUCGGCGCGGCGGUUGUCUUCGGGCUGUCCGGCGGCUUCUGCUCCUACUGGGCAGGCGUGAUGACCCUGGCGUCGCUCGGCUCCACCGCGACCGACCGGUCUAAGGCGAUGAUGAAAGUGGAGCUGCUGUACGGGGCAGCAGGUCUGGUGGGCAGCCUGGUGUCGGGUCAUCUGUUCCUGCUCUACAGCGUCAGUUUGGAACAAGGGACCAUCCUGCUCACUGUGAGCGCACUGAUGAACGUGCUCUGCCUCCUACACUCCGUGUACCUGCUGCAGGUGAAACAAGUAACCAACACAGAGCCAGAGGACAAUUGUCACCUCCUUCCUCCUACCUAUAGUGAAGCCCCUGCAGAGGCUCCUCUUGGGAAAAACAUGGUGAAUGUGGUUCUGCUGUUUGCAGCUGCAGUCUUGUACGAAUUAGCAGUGGGUGGAGCCAUAGAGAUACUGGGCAGUUUUGUGCUGAAAGAGCCACUCAACUGGGGCGCCACCCAGGUGGGUUAUGGGAACGCUGCAGGCUGUAUGAUUUUUCUCACCAGUUACGUCGGCGUCAUUGUGUUUCGUCGCUGCGUCAGCGACGUGGCGCUCAUCAUGAUCGGCAUUCUGUCGUUUGCCUCAGGAUUUUACUUCAUGUCCUUUGUGACGGCCACCUACAUGUUCUACCUCGCGCGCUCACUCACUCUGUUUGCUCUCAUCCCGAUGCCCACCAUCAGAUCUCUGCUCUCACAGCAGGUUCCAACAUCCUCAUGUGGCACCACUCUCACCUACUUGCAGUUGGCUCUGAAGUUUGCCGGUCUGGCGUACAUCCCUACCUUUACCAAGAUCUAUCAGGGAACCCUGCACUGGUUCCCAGGCUUCGUCUUCAUGCUGUCCAGCAUCAUUGCAGUACUGGGAAUGAUACCCAUCAGUAUUGUCGGCUGCAGAUCAGCUCAGACGCGAGAGUACAUGAGGAUUCAGGGUGACUGAGGGCAAAGACGUCACCGGCAGCAGUGAGUCGGUGUUGGUACGAGGCCGACGGGAAGCGAGACUUGAAAUGGGCAAAAAAGAGAACGCUGCCUUUAAUCUCACUUCCUACAAUGGUAAACAUUUACAGACUGCAGGAGAGGAGUUCUGGCAGGCUUUGGCUGUUGCAGGAGGAACACACAGCAGGAUGGACAAACGUUAUCAACCAAUAGGAUUCAUCCGCCAGUGACAUGUGUUUGAGUCCAAAGUGUUUGAAUCGAAGUCCUGUCUUCAACAACACACCCAAAAUAAUAACUGGUGAUUUCAACAUAAUGUAGAUUUUUUUAUUGAAUGUGUCAGACAUGAAAAGUCCCUUUGAAAGCACCUCCUAAAGAAGGAGAAUUAACUAAAAGUGACAUGUAAACCAGUUUCCGCUUGCAAACCGGCUCAAACUGGAUCACAUUCAAACUUAAAUAUAUUACAUCUUUGAUACUAACUAUACUCAUCCAGUUGUUUGUUGAUUUGCAUUCAGACUUGAUGCUUUUAGUUUGUCGAUUUCCAGUACAAGUCACACAUUGGUCAUUAGAAAAUGAAUGACAAACACAGAACUCUCUCAAACAUGGAGGCUAUUUGUCUCACAUACCGCUUGUUUUCUUUCACAUUAGAACUACUUUGUC